AGGCGCCGCGCCGCCGCCCGUCAUGGCUGCUGAGGUAACUUCUGAGGAUGCUCUUGAUCCGAUAUGGCUUUGAUUAGUCUAAAAAGCUUCCUGCUUUGUUCAUCCAGCACAGCAGCAAGCAGAUCUCUGGUGAUGACCCUAAGCAAAAGUUUGAAUUUUAUCAGUGGGCAGCAAAAGUCCCAAAAGUAUAGCUCCUCAGCCAUGAGGAUGCUAUCCUCCAAAGUUAAAUCUCAGUACAUGGUGUAUAGGAGCAACCAUGUACAAUUGCGGAUCCAGUCUCUUUCUCUUAAUGAAACAGUGCAUCUUUGUGGAGGUCCUGAGAACAGUCCUAUAUCUGAUAACAGGUGGAUGGAUGAACAGAUGUUUUUCGAGAAGUUGAAGGGCCUUGAUACAUCCAAAGAGAUUUUUAAAUUCCUUAGCUCUCUGGAAGUCAUGUCUGAUAUCAUGGCAGCAGCAGCCCUGCAGAGGAUUUUUGAAGUUGAGGUGGACGGCGAUGGACUGAAAAACUUUGAAGGAGUGUUAGAGAAUGAAGUUUUCAGGGCAUUGUGUUUUCAGUUGGAAUAUGAAUCCUCAAAACUGUCAAACACUGGGCUGUUGAAUGCAUUGCACGCCUUGAUAAAACUGCGUAUAGAUCCCCAGAGUUCACUAGUUGCAAGCUUACUUUCAGAGAGUCAAGAACGGCUUGGUAAAGGACAGCUGACCAUUAAAAACCUAUGUAAUCUUGGAGAGACUUUGCUUGAGUUGGAAGGCCCAAGUUGUGCAACACUGGAACAAAUUUUAAACCACGUGCAAGGAAAAGACGUUGAGGAGUGGAGUCCUAGUGAAAUGGUAAUGGUUUAUAGGAUGCUGCAGAUGAGUGUCAGAGAAGGGGAACAGUACCAAGACUUGCUAAACAGAAUGAACAACGUCACUUUAACCAUAGCUUCCCAGCUAAGCCCAAAGUUCACGAGUAUAGUAUUGAAUUCACUGGUUGUUCUUCAACAGACUCAGGCAGUUCCCUUAGUCAUAACACUAUGUAAGCAUUCAGUGAAGCAUGUUCCUUAUUUCACAGAUGAUGAACUGGUUAACGUACUGGAAGCCUUCCUGUACUUUGGACAUCGUGAGCAAGUUUUUACAGAAGCGCUGGAAACACAUGUUCCCAAGUCUGUUUUUAGCAUGCAUCCUGAAACAGUCAGCAAAGUCAUGAAGUAUUGCUGCCAAAAGAUGAUCCUUUCAAAGCCCAUCUUUGAUGCAGUGGCAGAGUGUUUCAUUUCCGAUGCUGAUGGAUUUACCACCAACCAGAUUGCUGAGUGUAUUGUACCAUUUGGGACUCUUAACUAUCUUCCUCCAAGCACUUCUUCGUUCUUUGGGAAACUUGAAAGUAUACUACAUACUCGCUUUAGCCAGUUUCAGCCUCACACCUUGCUGAGCCUUCUGCACUCAUGUGUCCUUAUUCAGCGUUACCCAGUAAAUUUUCUGCCGAAAAUAUUUAGUCCCUAUUUUCUGCAACAGCUUCAAGCUCAGCCACCUGGUUUGGACAGAAUUGUUACCUCCCAGCUAACCCGGCUUUUUCUAACUGCUACCUUGGAGUGCCCAUUUUACCAGGGCCCUAAACUCCUUCCAAAGUAUCAAGUAAAGGCCUUUCUCAUGCAUAGCUGUUCUCUGGAUGUUCACCUCCUCAACAGAGUGAAAACUGGACUGCUUUCCUUACUGAAAAAAAGAAUAUAUUUUGCAUCAGAGGUAUCAACACCAUAUUUCUAUACUGUUGAUAUUGAAAUUAAAUUAGAUGAAGAAGGCUUUGUAUUGCCUGCUGCCCAGUGUGAAGAGAUAAACAGACGAAUUGCCCUCUGUGUUGAUGGUCAAAAUAGAUUUUGCAUUAACAGCCACCACCUACUGGGAGAAGAAGCUAUUAAACAGAGGCAUCUUAAGUUACUUGGUUAUGAAGUCGUGCAGGUAAAGUCUAAAGAGAGCAGUUUGCUUUUGCUAUGGCUAACAAAACAAGUGAAAAUGACUUGUUUACAAUGGUUAAAGCUGUUGUUGCAAUUACUUCCCAAGGCAGAUAAAGUCUUGCCCUUUCUGUUGUCUUCUGUCUGCCUAGCUUUUGCCUUUUGGGCAUCUGUUACAUAAAUUCCUUUCUUUUUUCUUGGAUUAAUGUUUUCUUUCUGCACAAACUUUAGCUUUGUGAAAGAGUACAUGUCUGCAGUAAUUAAGGUUCACAUAUUGCCUUAAGUGAGAGUGUUGUCUAAGAGUUAAAUAAGAUCAGGAUUUUUAAUUAAAUACUUUUUUAAAAGAUCUGAAUAGGGAGCUUAAAAAUGGGAAAAAGGGGAACUGCUUUGUGUUGCAACUAAAACAGAGGAAUUCCUUUAUUUUGCAUGUUGAAUAAAUCGUCGUUUUUAUUAUUUUUUUUCUUUAAACUUUUAAACAUAUUUGGGAUGUAAAAAGUUACUUGUAGAUUUUCAAGAUUAGUUUUCUAUUUAUAAUCAUUUACUGCCUAAACCUAACUCCUUUAUAUAUAACUUAGUUUUAACUGUAAUGAACAUUGCUCUUUGUUUUGCAGUAACCUCCAUUCUGGUGAUUCUGACAGGAUUAACAUGUCAAUAAUAUACUUAGUAUUGAAGGUUUAAAAUUAAAGAAGACGACUCUUUGACAUGUGAUUUUACAUCUGCUUAAUGAAAAUUUAUCUUAAAGGUUACUGAAUCUAACUCAGUUGUCUAUUGAAAGAUAUUUCCAGCAAUCGUUUUUCUAUUUCAUUUCCAGAUCCCAUUUUUUGAGAUAGAGAGUCUAAAAAAUAGCAGAAAAAUGGCAGCAUAUCUACGCAAGAAAGUCUUUCCUUGUGCAUAUGGAC